CUGCGCCUGAGCUGAGUAUCAUUGGCGCCAAAGAAGACUGGAGAAGCACUACUGUCCCGCAAUCUGUCCAAAAUAAAGAAAAGAUAUUGACACAUGCUUAAAAAUGGACAUCCGGAGGUUUUUUGCGCCCACCAAACCUUCAAACAGAAGCACCAGCACUGAUGAAGAACCGAAGAGGAGAAGGAAGCCAAAAACUAAGGUCACAAGUCCCAAAUCGGACGAGAAACCUACUGGAAAACGAAAGAAAAGAGUCAUAAUUGAUUCAGACUCUGAGGAAGAGAAGAAAGAGAGGAAGACCAAGAAGAGCACUAAAGAGACAGCUACCCCCACAGAGAAGAAACACCCAGUGACUUAUGUGUCUGAUUCUGACUCAGAUGAUACAUUUGUGACUCUGAAAAAGUCCUCCAAAUCCAGAGAAAAUGGAACAGUUAAAGGCAAGAAGGAAUCAGACUUGAAAAAAACAAAAGAGGUAAAAACAUCCUCCAGUAAAUCUCCGACCACAGCUGUGAAGGUAAGGGGGAAGAGCUCUCAGUCCAUCACCUCUCCAAAGACAGCACCAACCCUACCCAAACAGACACCCACCUCAGUAAUGGACUUCUUCGGGAGCUCUAGUGUUCAGAGAUCGGAAAAGAAAAUGGUGGCCAGUAUGAGCAUUAAAAGGAAGGCAGAGUCUGAAGAGUCACUCAGUGAUGAAGCCAUUGCACGAGAACUUCAGAUGGAUGAUGACAUGGAGAUGGAGAAGCAGAUCCAUGAUGAUGAGGAAUUUGCAAGAACAUUAGCCAUGCUUGAUGAAGUUCCCUUAGCGAAAAAGGCUCGUGUAGACUCUGUUUCCCCCUCAAAGGACAGCUCUCAGACAAAAACCUCAGAGACCAAGGCCAAGCUAAAGGACACAUCUCCUAAAACAAGCCCCAUCAAGACUAGCUCCAAACUGGCUCAGAUGAAAAGACAACAGGAACAAGUGGAAGUAGAAAAGGGUGAAAAGCAGAUUAAGAUCUCUCCAAAAAAGGAGCCGAUCUCACCUAAAAUCUCAGAGCGGGCCGCCACGCCCAAAACAGGAAGUUCUACAGGAAAGACUAAAUCAAGUUUUUCUACACCUAAAAGUGAUUGUGCACCCAUUAAAACUUCACCAACAAAACCAGAGAAUACAAGUCCAGAGGACCUAGAAAAGAAACGGGCAAAUACAUCAGCGUACCGUAACUAUCUGAACAGAGAAGGACCUCGAGCACUGGGGUCUAAAGAAAUACCACAGGGAGCAGAUAACUGUCUGGAGGGGUGUGUGUUUGUGUUGACUGGUGUGUUAGAGUCUUUGGAGAGGGAUGAUGCUAAGUCACUAAUAGAGCGAUACGGCGGGAAAGUAACAGGAAACGUCAGCCGCAAAACUACUUACCUUAUUUUGGGACGAGACAGUGGAAUCUCAAAGACCGAGAAGGCGGAGAGUUUUGGCACUAAGAUUAUUAAUGAAGAUCAGUUGUUGGAUCUUAUAAGAACCAAACCAGGCAAGAAGUCCAAAUAUGAGAUUGCAGCAGAGGCAGAGAAUAAAUCGGCUAAAACGAGGACCCCAGACUCUAGAGGCAAACCCACUCCUACAACCAAAAAGGCCUCACCACAAGGGCCGAGCCCCAAUAAGAGAAGCCCUUUAGUGGGGAAGUCUAAGCCUGGCUCUGCUUCUACCUCUGGAUCAUCUGGAGCUUCUCGUUCAAAUUCAGAGGUCAAAAAGAGUUUGAGCUUUGAUAAGACCAAGACAAUAUCUACCCCAGAGAAAGACGGAAGUAGCCUGUUGUGGGUGGAUAAGUACCGGCCACGUAAUCUGAAGAAUCUUAUUGGGCAGCAAGGGGAUCAGAGUUGUGCCAACAAACUUCUGCGUUGGUUACAGAACUGGCAUAAAAAUAACAGUGGCAAUGCAAAAGCACCAGCAGCCAAGUUUGGUAAAUUUGGGAGUAAAGAUGAUGGAUCUGGAUUUAAGGCAGCAUUGUUAUCCGGGCCUCCUGGUGUUGGAAAGACCACUACUGCUGCUCUCGUCUGUGAGGAGUUGGGUUACAGCUAUGUGGAGAUGAAUGCCAGUUGCACCCGCAGUAAGAACAGUUUAAAAGAAGUGAUUGCAGAAUCACUGAACAACACCAGCAUUAAGAACUUCUAUACUGGUGCAUCUCAGACAGUGAGCAGUAAACACAUCCUUAUAAUGGACGAGGUGGAUGGGAUGGCAGGAAAUGAAGACAGAGGAGGAAUUCAGGAGAUGAUUGGUCUGAUAAAGCAGUCAAAGAUUCCCAUUAUCUGCAUGUGUAAUGACCGCAAUCAUCAGAAGAUCCGCUCGCUGGCCAACUACUGCUACGACCUGCGAUUCCAGAGACCCCGUGUUGAGCAAAUCAAGGGGGCUAUGAUGUCUAUAGCUUUCAAAGAGGGUCUGAAGAUCCCACCCCCAGCACUGAAUGAAGUCAUCUUGGCAUCCAAUCAGGAUAUUCGUCAGGUGCUGCAUAAUCUGAGCAUGUUCUCAGCUAAAGACAAAGUCAUGACCUAUGCCCAAGCCAAAGCUGAUGCUAACAAUGCUAAGAAGGACAUGAAAAUGGGUCCGUUUGAUGUGUGUCGGAAGGUGUUUGCCUCAGGAGUUGAAACUGCCCACAUGUCUUUGAUUGACAAGUCAGACCUUUUCUUCCACGACUACUCAUUAGCACCUCUGUUUGUCCAAGAGAACUACAUACAUGUCCGACCAGCCGCAGCAGGAGGAAAUCUGAAAAAUCAUUUGGUGUUGUUGAGUAAAGCAGCAGACAGCAUUUGUGAUGGAGAUUUAGUGGACAAACAGAUCCGCUCCAGACAGACCUGGUCUCUGCUUCCCACACAGGCGAUCUAUGCGAGUGUGUUGCCGGGGGAACUGAUGCGGGGUUAUAUGAGUCAGUUUCCAACCUUUCCCAGCUGGUUGGGCAAAUUCUCAUCAGCGGGCAAACACAGCCGCAUCAUACAGGAGCUCGCUUCACACAUGAGUCUUAAAACGUUAAGCAGUAAGGAAGCAAUAAAUCUGGAUUACCUGCCAUAUUUGCGUUCAGCAGUAUUGGAGCCUCUUCAGUCCCAAGGUGCAGAGGGAGCCAAUCAGAGUGUUAAGCUUAUGGAUAAUUAUGACAUUAUCAAAGAGGAUGUUGAUAACAUAAUGGAGAUCAGCACAUGGGGCGGAGAGCCAGAUCCUUACUCUAAAAUAGACUCCAAGGUGAAAGCUGCAUUUACACGAGCGUACAAUAAGGAGUCCCAUCUAACUCCAUACUCUUUACAUGUGGUUAAGAAAAGCCGUAAAGGUGCUGUUGACCCUGAGCUUGUAGGAGAUCUUGACAAUGAAUCUCAGUUCCAGGAAGAGGAAGAAGAGGAAGGGCUUACCACAGAUGCCAUGAUCAAGCAGAAGAAAGCCAAACCAGCAAAAGAGGCCAAGCAGAUGAAAGCAGGGGAUUCUGGGAAGGGGAAAGGCAAGGGGAAAGGAAAAGGAAAGAACAAAGACUGAGAUAAACAUGAGAGAGAGAGAGAGAGAGAGAGAGAGAGAGAGACAGACAGAAGCCCCUCAUCUCUCGGUUUCAUAAAGAUGAGUGGGUGAAGUAAGGAUGACAUCAGCUCCAUAAACAGAACGUUUGGCCUGUGACACAUACUUGUGCACUUCCUGAAAACCAUCACUCAACUAAAGCUGCUUUCAGCAGAGCAGGCACUGCAGAGACCAUGAGCAGGGGGUGGACCACACACUUCACAAAAGAUGUUAUUAUAUAGUUCACCAUUCCUCAAACAUAUCAGACUUGGCACAUGCAUUAUACUGUUAACACUUGGAGUUAAUGUUAUAUUCAUCUCAAAGAUAUACAUUAUUAAGGGCACUUAAUUUCAUCUCACUCUUGCAUCAAGAUGACAAACUAAGUAUUUCAGUGUAUUAACUCCUCUUGUUUUCAAACACACAAUUUUUCAAUAAAGACAUGGUUACCCACUUUUAUCCUGAAUGUCAGCUUAGUUGCUACAGAACAACUAAUUGUAAAUAUCUGUCUGCCAUAUUAGCAUUUGUCCUUUAUAACUUUGGAUAACGCAGAUAUAAUCUCCUUUUCUUAGUGUUACAGCAUUUCUAUUGCAGCACUUUUGAAUACAGACCGAUAGUGUGUAUUAUUAGCCUGAAGAUUACUCUGUAAAUGACUUUGUUUGAUUUGAAUAAUUAAAAUGAGUAUUAUGUCAUCGUGA